ACGAGUCAGUCGAUGGGUAGCUCAGUCGGCAGAAUGCCAUGUAACAAGAAGCAAGGACGGUCCUUCCACAUUUUGCACGUUUCGAUUUGCCUUAUGAAUACUUGUCGAUUUUUCAUUACAACACUCGAGAGUAAGUGGAACCUUAACCGUUAGUGCAGAACUGAGUGUGCUCUACUCUAUAGUGCUACAGUGGUGGCUGAAAGUGUGUGCGUGUGGGUAUGUGUGUGUCGUCAAAACCCGGUCAACAAAUCUAAACCUAUGUCCACAAGCGAACCAAAAGUUUGAAAGGGCGAUGUGCUCAAAGAUGGGCCAAGGGGCAAUUUAAGAAGAAUGCCGCCGACAUGAAAAACCACAUCGUUGGCGCGUGCUAUCUUCCGAGCAAGAAACAAUUGCUCCCUCAACCGCCGUUUACGAUCACGCCUCCCGAUGAUCCACCGGGGAUGAGAUCAUGAAAAGUUCGAGUGUGGUAACUUGUUUACCCUUUGUCAAUGCAAAGCUACUUGUGAAGAGGUCAACUGAGAUCACGUCCGUCGAUAUGAAUACCUCGGGUGCAACCGAAACCAACACCAUUUUGAGAAAAGUGCCGACACCGACUCCGCUCGGAGACUCGAACAACAAUAACAGCAACAACAAAGAUCUGCGAUUACCGAACGUGACCCGGAGGUCGAUCACGCCGGACAAGAGAGAUUCAAGGCGUUCCAGAAGUUCGCCUUUCUUUCGGAGUGAGGCGAACAGUGUUGGUUGCCAAGCAUGGAUUGAUAAGCGCUUGCCGUUGAUUCACUCCUUACUUUUUCUAUUAUGUUUGUCAGUGUAUUGGAACUCGCUGGAUGGUUCUUUUGUAUUUGACGAUGUGACGGCCAUCCGAGACAAUCGAGACUUACGCCCUCAUGUUCCGUGGCAGAACCUCUUUGCCAAUGACUUUUGGGGAACUCCGAUGUACAAGGAGCAUAGCCACAAAUCAUAUCGCCCUCUGACAGUUUUAACUUUUCGUUGGAACUAUGCACUUCAUGGACUCAACCCUAUGGGCUAUCAUCUCGUCAAUGUGAUACUACAUGGGAUCGUAACUCUUGUCUUCUUUAAUGUUGCCAGAGUCUUAGUUUUAUCGUCCACCGUGAGCUUGACCGCUGCCACGCUAUUCGCACUCCACCCGAUUCACACGGAGGCUGUGAGUGGCAUUGUGGGACGAGCCGAGCUUUUGUCCUCCUUUUGGUACCUGAUGGCUUUUUUAUCCUAUACCAAAGCAGCCGGUCGUUCCAAGCGAGGCCAAACGUACCCGGUCGCUAACGGCUACAGUGGCAACUAUUUUCACAGCAACAACAACAACUCUUUUCACCACAACUACCAUAGUUCUUCAAGUAGUGGUACGGGGAGCAGCGGUAACACCACCACCACCACCAACAACAACAACAACAGUAGCAAUUCAAGUUGUGCGCCAAAGAAACCCUUUCCGUGGAGUUGUCAAGCCACUUCGGCAUCAUGGGCCUCUUUCAUGUGGUCCCUUCUGUUUAUCACCAUUGCUUUGUUGUGCAAAGAGCAAGGCAUUACCAUCCUGGCUGUUUGUGUCAUUUACGAGCUGUGCAUCACACAACGCUUACUUCUCAGCCUACCCACAUCAGAGUUCCUGACAAUGCGCUCCGUUCUAAAGGGCGGAGGAGGAGGAGCAGGAGGAAAGUUCUCGCCUCAAACUAAAGCCUCUUGCCAGAGAAUUUGUGCAUUGGUCUUAACCGGCCUGGUUCUUAUGGUGAUGCGAUUGAAAAUUAUGGUUCAACUUCCCAAUUUCUAUACUUACGACAAUCCAGCGGCCACGGCCUCUGCUCCGACCAAGCAGUUCACGUUUGGAUACUUGACUGCUCUGAAUGCAUGGCUGCUACUCAACCCGAGCCAUCUCUGUUGCGACUGGACCAUGGGAACUGUGCCACUAGUCACCUCGCUGACCGACCCACGACAUCUGAGUACAAUAACUUUGGUCCUGACCCUGGCUGGGCUCAUCCAUCGCAUCUUGAAAAGGGACAGAUGUCAAAAAGAACUCCCGGUCGUUCUCGCUCUGACCGUGAUCCCAUUUCUGCCUGCUUCCAACCUGCUCUUUCCCGUUGGGUUUGUGGUGGCCGAGAGGGUCUUAUAUCUACCCUCGAUGGGUUUCAGCCUCCUCGUGGCCAUUGGAUGGCACAAGUGUCACAAACGUCUUUCCACAUUAAGGGACUCCAAUGGCAGGAAAAUCUUUACCCUCCUGUGGCGUCUGGGACUUGUGUUCUGUUUAGUCAGCCAUGCUGCGAAAGUCUGGCUUCGCAACCUGGAUUGGAAAGACGAAUACGCGUUGUUCAGCUCGGGUCUGAAAGUGACGGAUCGAAAUGCCAAGUUGUUCAGCAACGUGGGACACGCACUUGAGAAACAGGAGCGCUUCGGAGAGGCUCUUCAAUAUUUCCAUCAGGCUGUUAUGGUUCAGCCUGACGAUAUUGGGGCGCACAUUAACGUGGGCAGGACUUUGAAUCAUAUGAAACGCUUUCAAGAGGCAGAAGUGGCUUACACCAAGGCGAAGAACCUCCUUCCCCAAUCCCGAACUGGCGAGACCUAUUACGCCCGCGUGGCUCCUAACCACUUGAAUGUGUUCCUGAAUUUAGCCACGCUCAUAUCUCGGAAUGACUCACGACUCGAGGAAGCCGAUCUCUUGUACAGACAAGCCAUUUCCAUGAGAGCAGAUUACACCCAAGCAUACAUUAAUCGGGGCGAUAUUCUCAUCAAGCUGAAUCGGACGCGAGAGGCUCAGGCUGUUUAUGAAAAAGCCCUCUCAUUUGAGCGGGGUAAUCCUGAUCUGCUGUACAACAUGGGUGUGGUCAUGUUAAAUCAAAACAAGAUCUCUCAGGCUCUGAACUACUUCGAUCUGGCUCUGAAAGAAGAUCCAGAUCACCGUCAGGCGCUUAUGAACUCUGCCAUUUUAAUUCAAGAGACGGGUAUCCGCCAACUCAGACGGGUGGCCAUUGAGCGUCUAAUGAAAAUCGUCGGCCCGGAUGGACCGGAUACCAAGGAUGUGAAUGAACGGGUACUCUUCAAUCUGGCCAUGCUUCAUAUGGACGAUGGGGAUCUGCCUUCGGCGGAGAGUUUCUUCCAAAAGGCCAUUCAAGCCCAACCGGAUUUCCGCUCUGCCCUCUUCAAUUAUGCCCUUCUUUUGUCUGAAACGGGUCGAGCUGCUCAAAGUGGUCCUCUUCUCCAUCAAUUGAUUCACUAUCAUCCCGACCACGUCAAAGGGCUCAUUCUUCUCGGAGAUCUGUACGUCAAUCACGCAGGAGACUUGCACAAGGCUGAGGAGUGCUACCGAACCAUCUUGAAGUUAGAGCCCAAUCACGUCCAAGGGAGGCACAACCUCUGUGUCGUGUUAUUAGAACAGGAUCCCAAUCGUCUGGAGAGUCUCGUGAAAGCCAAGGAAUGCCUCGAAUCCGUCAGAGAAUCCGCACCCAACGAGGAUUACAUUCUCAAACAUCUUGGCAUCGUCGAGGCCAAAGUUGAGUCCCUGACCGAGUCCAUUCGCCUUUCAGAGCAUCACUCACAUUUUCCAGAAAUGCCUUAAUCCCAGACUUUCAGCCCAGAAACCAAAAGAGAGAGAGAGAGAGAAAGAAAAAGAAAAAGGAAGAUAGCAAGACAGACACGUCACGCACAGAGCAAAAAGACAGAAAGAGCCUCCUCACCUUUACUUAAAGGUAGAAGAGCUACACGGAGAGAGGGGGGAGGGCGGGGGGGGGCCGAGUGCUGAUGUCUUUCAACCGAAGUCUUAUUCCUAUCCCAAUCCCUUUUCUGCACUCCCACAUUACAAUCAAUCGUUUAUCAUCGUCAUAUCUACAUAUUCUACGUACACCUCCCAACCCCACAACACAAACACAUCCUCCUGGUCCCCAUUUAUCUAUCUUUAACCCCUUCGUGAUACCUUUCCUGAUCCUCAUGAAUGCAAAUUCCAAAGACCAGCCAAACGUUUCCUUUAGUCUGGCGGCCAUGUCAAAAACUAUUCCCCUUCAAAUGCAAACGCUCCAUGUGAUAAUCUAAGCUGCGUGUAGUGUGUAUCUGAUAGCUAGCUACUACUUGUUCAAAGAUAGGAAAGAUGAGACUUCUUCUACUACUACGUACUUCAAAGGCCUGGCCUCAAUCGAAGACAAGUAGUUAAAUGGUCUAUUCUGACCGUAUCUGUUUAAUGUCAUCCACUAAUCAAUUAUUUUCAGUACUUGUCAACCAACCACGUGUGUAUUCUUUCAGUAUUAAUAAAAACCUUCCCUACCCUGUA